AUUUAUUACAAUGUUUUUCAAGAUUCUAACUCCUUCAAAGGAAGAUUCCUCUGAAGCAACAAAGGAAGAAGAUUCUUCUACUCAAAGUCGUGCAAGGUUGGGAAUGCUGAAGAAUAAAAUUCCAACACCUGCUUACACUUUCACUACUAAUUCAGGAGCGUUGCCAGGAAUAAUUUCUACAAAUUGCCCUGACAUUUCUCAUCUACCAAUGCAAUUAGUGCUUGCUGAUAUUUAUCAUCUACAGGAGAUAAUAGAAGAAUACAAGAAAUUCUUGAGUGAAAGUGAAGAAUUCAAAGAAUCAGAAGAGGUAAAACCUCUUAUGAAAUAUCUGAACCACUCUCAAGACACAAUUUCCUUUCUUACAAUGGGUAUUGCUGGAGAAGAGAAGGUCAAUGGACACCCAAAAGAUAUGAGAAUGGAGUUUAUCCAAAAGGAUUCCACUACAAGGUUUCAAAACGAGGAUUACAUAAAAGCUGUGAAGACAUUCCAGCCUGAUCUUUUCAUGACUCCUACUCAUUCCAUCACUGGCAAGACUAGUAAAAAGAAGAGAGAAAGAGCUGUGAAGGCAAGCAGGGAGUAUAUCACUCCAGAUCUUGUAUCUAAUCUCCCAAUUAAUGAAAAAUCCCAUAUGUUGAUGACCAUCAGUAUUGAAGAGUCAUACAAGAUGAUAUCUCCGAUUAUUUAUGAGAAGAUUGAAGAAUUUAGUAGUAGCAUCUCUGGAUACUUCUUUAAUGUUGACUCAUUAAAAGCACAGACCAGAUAUAUGAUCUUCAACCAAUUUUAUGAGAAGUAUCCAGAGGACACCAAACUUAGAGUGCUUGAGAGCACUGGUAAUCCUGUAAAUGUGCUGGAGAAUCUUCUUCUAAAUGGAAUCGACCUCUUCGAAGCUAGAUAUCCCAUUGAUAUUAGUGAGAGGAAUCUUUGUUUGGAUAUUCAAACCCAAAUGCCUGAAGAAUGGAGAAAUGAAGAGACUAAAGAAGAAUUCACAAGCGAGAGCUUACUUAGUUGUGUCAAGAAACCGAAAACACUUGAUUUAUCAGAUAAAGCUUUUAGAAAAGACUCAACUGUGCUAACUGAAGGUAGUGAUUGCCCAGCAACAAAUUCAAUCAAUAGGUCUUAUAUCUAUCAUCUGUUAGACUGUAAUGAGAUGAAUGCCACUAUUUUGUUGACUCUCCAUAAUCUCGAAAUAUACAACAAAUUCUUUGAAGCGAUAAGGUUAAACAUAGAAUCAAAAAAUCUCCCAAAAUAUGCAGAGUGGUUUAUAACAACACAGUGUGAGUAA